AUGUUGGCCAAGACGGUGCUUUCGCUUGGUCUGUGGCUGCAGUUUGCUGUGGGACAGAACGCACCUGAGAGGGGUCCCCAGCCAUCUAUUUCCAAUUCAGAGGGGGACCUCCUCUUCUUGCUGGACAGCUCUGGCAGCGUCUCCUACUAUGAGUUUUCCAAGGUCAAGGAAUUCAUCUGGGACCUUGUGCAACCUUUCACCUUUGGCCCCAAAGAUGUCCAGGCCAGCAUCAUCCACAUCAGCACUACGCCCACCAUGGAGUUCCCGUUUGACCGGUACCUGUCUAGCGAGACUGUGCAACAAGCCAUCCAGAACACUCGACAGCUCAUGGGUGACACCAACACAGGCAAAGCACUCUCCUAUGCCAAGGAGAAGUUCUUCAGUGAUGAAGCUGGUGCUCGGCCAGAUGUGCCCAAGGUACUGGUUUGGGUGACAGAUGGUUUCUCCACUGAUGACAUCUCUGAACCCAUGCAGCUCCUGAAGGACAUGGGAGUGACAGUCUUCAUCGUCAGCACUGGACGGGGGAAUUACCUGGAGCUCUCGGCUGCUGCCAGCCAGCCUCCUGAGAAGCACCUGCACUUUGUGGAUGUUGAUGACCUACCCAUCAUCACACAGGAGCUUCGAGAUGCUAUCCUAG